GCGCGGGGCGCGGCUCGCGGGGCGCCCGCCGCCCCUAACGUGUCUCCUCUCUCCACAGGUUGGUACUAAGAAGUGCCUUUCCUGACGUCGCUGCUGCUUGGGACCGCUUCUAGAGCAGCCGCUGCUUUUGCCUUGCUUGCUGCCAGCUAGACUGCGACGACAGCGCUCCGCCGCUGCCAGCCCCGCGCCGCCGGGAGGAGGGUCCGGCGCUGCCCCCCCGCCGCCGCACUGUGCACUAAAGUGUGCCCCGAAGGUCAGAGCUCUGCCGCCCGACAGCCGCGGAGAGGAGGAGAAAAACCCCAGCCCAAAGCCAGUGUCGGUCGUUGCUCUAAACUGCUGCAUCUGUCUAUGCCAAACUAAUCGAUCCCGAUCGCACCGCAGAGCCCGCUGCCAUCGCUGCCUGGAGGCACCUGCCAGCCGCCGGCCCGGGAGCCCUCGGGAAGCGCUGCCAGAGCCGCCGCGGCCCCACGCCCGCACUCAGGAUGGGCUGCUGAGCGCGGGGCUCGUCCCGGCCACGCUCCCGGAGGCGCACCUGGCUGGCAGUCCCGGCCUGCCCGGCCCAGGAGCGGGCUCGCUCCCCGAACUCUGGUGACACAGCUCGUCCUCGGGAUUGCAGCCACCCAGUUUUACACGUACUUAUUUUAACAUAGGGAGCGGGGGAAAACUGUGUUCUGGAGGUGGCACUUUCGUCAUUUCCAGUUUAUCAGUUCAGCUCCUCGUUUUUAUUGGAAAUUUUAACUACCUGUAAAAUCUAAAGAUGGCUGUUAGUGUCACGCCGAUCCGGGACACAAAAUGGCUAACGCUGGAAGUGUGUAGGGAGUUCCAAAGGGGGACUUGCUCGAGACCAGACACGGAAUGUAAAUUUGCACACCCAUCGAAAAGCUGCCAAGUUGAGAACGGACGUGUAAUCGCCUGCUUUGACUCAUUGAAAGGUCGGUGUUCGAGGGAAAACUGCAAAUAUCUUCACCCCCCACCACACUUAAAAACGCAGCUGGAGAUCAACGGCCGCAAUAACCUGAUCCAGCAGAAGAACAUGGCCAUGCUGGCCCAGCAGAUGCAGCUCGCCAAUGCCAUGAUGCCCGGAGCCCCUCUGCAGCCCGUGCCAAUGUUUUCCGUGGCACCGAGCUUAGCCACCAACGCGUCAGCCGCCUUCAACCCCUACCUGGGGCCUGUGUCCCCUGGCCUGGUCCCUGCGGAGAUCCUGCCCACGGCCCCCAUGCUGGUGACAGGGAACCCCGGGGUGCCGGUUCCUGCCGCUGCCGCCGCUGCUGCCCAGAAGCUGAUGAGGACAGACAGGCUGGAGGUAUGUCGAGAGUACCAGCGUGGGAACUGCAACAGGGGAGAGAACGACUGCCGGUUCGCUCACCCCGCCGACAGCGCCAUGAUCGACACCAACGACAACACGGUCACCGUCUGCAUGGAUUACAUCAAAGGGAGAUGCUCACGGGAAAAGUGCAAAUAUUUUCACCCUCCUGCACACCUGCAAGCCAAGAUCAAGGCUGCCCAGUACCAGGUUAACCAAGCUGCAGCUGCCCAGGCAGCAGCAACUGCAGCUGCCAUGACUCAGUCGGCUGUCAAAUCACUGAAGCGACCCCUCGAGGCAACCUUUGACCUGGGAAUUCCUCAAGCUGUACUUCCCCCCUUACCAAAGAGGCCUGCGCUUGAAAAAACCAAUGGUGCCACCGCAGUCUUUAACACUGGUAUCUUCCAGUACCAGCAAGCUCUUGCCAACAUGCAGUUACAGCAGCAUACAGCCUUUCUCCCACCAGAUAGCGGCAGUUUGAGCUUUCCAGUAAUCCAGUACUUUCCCAAAAGCUUGAAAAAUGUCUUUGCCACCUUGCCCUUUAUAGCUUUUCCCACUUCAAGUAAACUGGGAUCAGUUCCUGUUCAGGCACAGUCACCUGGAAAUAAAAUUUCUCCAUCAGUCCUUACGAAGCGACGGAGAGCACAGAACGCAGGUGCCCUCAGCUCUGUGGCCAUGGAGCAGGGGCAGGUCAGCUCAGUGGGAUCUGAAUUAAAGUGACAUUUUUCAGGUUCAGACACCCAAGGUGUAAGUGCUCAUUUGUGUUCUUAGUUGCUUCAGCUGCAGGGUGUGAAGUGCAGGAGGGCCCCAGGGCAGGACCCACACAGAACCCACAGAGGGUGGGUGUGCAUGGGGUUGGUCCUCUGUGGGGGAUCUGGGCAGGACCCUCCUGUGCAGGGCACUUCACUCCUCAUGUUCUUCACUCAUGUUCCAGACAACUUUAGAUACCUCUUUUGAAUUUUAAGGCAUCAUUCUGGCUGCCUGUGUGCCAGGAUGUGAGACACAUCAAGGGAUCAUCCGUGCCAGAGGUUGGACACUGCACUCCAGCACACCCUAAUCAAUUAAAUGCCCUUAGACACUCAUCUCACCUCUCUCUGCUAAAGCUCCCUCUUCCACAGCUCUCCUCUUGAGGGGGAAACCUUGGCUGCCAGAAUCUGUCCCCAGGCUGAGAGGGGAGUUUAAAGGCAUUGCAAGAAAGAACUGGGAACACUUGUGGUGCUGAAAUAAGUGGAGUUAGUCUGCCAAGUGAGGAGGCUCUGCAUGACUUAGUGAUGUUCACAGCGUGUUUUGGUAUUUGUGUCCUGGCUGCUGACUUGGGACACCCUGGCAGACAGGGGUGAACCUCUCGCUGUGAACGUGCAGAGCUCCAGGUCCUUGUGCUCACCUUCCCCUGCUCCGUGUCCUGCAGUGACUGGAGCUGGCUGGGGCAUGCCUGGCCUUGCAGAGAGAGCUCCUGUGGGCAGCUGGGUCACAUCCUGCCCUGGUGCUCAUGGCCAUCCUGUGGCUGAGCUCCCUGUCCCCUCAGGUGUGCGAGUACAGCUGUUCUGCCCAGUGUGUGUCACCAGGGUGACCAGAGUGUCUUUGAGAAAUGAGUUCCUCCAAAGGAAGGGGUGGGGUUGGCAGGAUGCUCCCAGGAGCUGAUGUCCUGGUGCAGCUGCAAGGGGCAGGGCUGCAGCUGGCAGCUGAACCCCAGGGCCAGUGUGGAAAGGCUUCAGCCACCUCUGCUAUCACAUUAGCCCAUCGUGUAUUCCUUUAGUUACUGCAGCUUCAGCCCCAGAGACUCCCUUGCUCCGGGCUGGGACUCAGUGCCCAGAGGCUUUCUUAAAGCACCUUCCUCCCUGGGUCUGCUGGGCCUCUGCAGAACCACUGUUCUCCUCCUAAAUGUUAGGGAAGGAAAGGUCAGGCACCACUGCUCACCUCCGUGGGAGUGCUUAUCCUCUCUGGGGUGUUGUUUUUAGUUAGGGUUUAGUAGAUUGGGCAGAAGAAGUAGGCUGAAGGGAAUAGUAUGAGGAAUAGAAGAGAAAAAUAUACUUAAAACACCAGGAAACCUAGAAUAUUUAUAAAAACAGUUUUAUUGCACUGCAGAAAUAAUCUGGUUGUGAAGUUACGGUCAGUUAACUCAACACAUCCUCAAAUUAAAAUUCUGCCUUGUGCUGAACAGCCAGGGAACAUUGAAACAGCACAUUCAUUAUUCAUGUGUUCUCAUUAGGCAGUCAAAGGUUCUGAAGUCAAGAUGAAUAUUAAGGUCAUAGCAAAAAUUAUUUUUAUUAUUGGUAAGAGGGUCAUACAGCAUUAUGUCUGUAUUUGGGAGUUAUCCCACCCCAGUGAGUGUUCUCCCUUCUGCCUCAUGUUCAUUUGCUUCAGUUCCCUUUCAAACUGUGCAUCCUGUUCAUAAUGUUAACGAUGAUAACAGACUGAAACUUGGAGCUGAAAAGCUUUACUGGGAUAUUUUAGAGUCAUUAUAAAGAUCCAGUUCAUCUGUAGCAUGUAGAUGUAAUUAUGUAGGGAACAAGGUACUAUUCCAGCUCUAAUGGAGGAUGUACAGCCAUGUAAACAGGGCACUUCUGCAGAGGCAGAACUCGGAGGCUUUUCUCUGUAACCUCAUUAACACCGCAGAGAUGCCAUAAGAGGGACUGAGAAAGCAGUUUUGCUUACUGUUUGUACUUUAUAGCCAAGUUCUGCUCCAUUUUUUAAUCUUGCAAGCGAUCCUGUUGGUUUCAGCCAUGAUUUGUGCCUGUGGAGGUCAGGAGAGCUGCCCUGUCGUUACCAUCUCUUUGCAAAUGUUCUCGAUCUCUUCCCUGACACAGAAAUAGAGGAGUAAUUAGGAAACACAAUUAUGGCCUUUCCUUUGUAGCCUCACAGACAUGGCACUGACACAGAAUAACCUGCCCCAGCAGUAAUUAAACUGACCGACUUCUUCCCUGCACAGUCAAAGCUGCUGAGGUUGUGCAAAGCCCCUGCAGCGUUUGGCUCCGGCUGGAGCCAUUUCCUGUCCCCUGCUAUGGUCACAGGGUGUCACAGAGGCAGCAUUGCCCUGGAAGUCUGCUAGGAUAUGUUUCCAUUCCCACUGCAGUCUUGUUCCCAGAUUUCAGAGUUUAUUUCAGUUUCUGCUGUGUCAAGCAUCAUUUAGUAGUGUUAAUAAAUGUUAAAUAAAAAAGUAAAUAAUUUAUUAAAAAUGGAUAUUCUGAAAGAUCAGUUUAUAUUUAUCAUCUUGGAAGCAGAAAUAGAAAAUUGUGACAUCAGUCUGGUGGAAGGCAUUUAGCUGUGUAAAGUAAAAAGAAUUACAAACUUGGUGAUACUUAAAAAUGAUACCAGAAUGUUCCUAAAAGUAUCCUCGUGCUCCUGGCUCUCUGGUUGCAGGGCAGAACUCUCCAGGUGCUGUCACUGUAUUGUUGUGUAGCCUGAAAGGAGUUGCAGGUUGUGAGCUCAGACACCAGCAGCUUAAAAUCCAUCCCAUGCCACAGAACAAAACGCUGAGCAGGUGAUCUGAGGUGUCCCCGUGAGCUGUGCAGGGACUGUGAGUGUUCAGUCCCUGCUCUGAGCCGUGCUGAGCAGACAGGGCAGAGGACAGUCGGGGUCCCUGCGCUGCUCUGGCGGCUCACGGGCAGGGGCACGGCAGAGCCCCCACCCACAGGCAGCUGGGACUGUGGAGUGUCUCCUUUACUCUGAGGAGCCCAGGGAAGGACAGGACAAGGCUGAGUCAAAGGGCACAGGGAUUUCAGGAGUUGUGAGUUAAAGCUGAGGAGGUGUUUCCCGGCUGUCCAGACCCUCCGUGGUGCUCCAGGGGCCAGCAGGGUCCCCACACCCCGACCCACCCUAUCCCCGAGGCCUCCUAACGGAUCACUGUGCUACUGUGUGGUUUGAUUGUGCUGACAGUUACGUGCCACUGUGCCCAUAAUAACAAUUUUUCUUCUUUGUUCAAAUGAAAUUUCUAAUUACACGUGUGAUGGGUUGUUUUAAUUCUUUUCCCUUUCCAAAUCCACCUUCCUGUUGCA